AUGGCGACCACAAAACGUGUUAUUCUGAGACCAUUCAGGGAUGUGCCUCAAUGUGCGUUGUGCAUGCGUGCCGGAGGCAGGCACAAACUACCAGAUACUAAUGUGGAAGAACAGCAGGAGAAUUUAACAACAGCUGAAGACAUAAACAUAUCUGCGUCAGAGGAUGAAAUGGACAACAGUGAUGCUAAUCCAGAUUUCAAUCUCUCAGGAUCUGACAUUGUUUCAGAAAGUGAGGAGGAAGGCAACCAAAGUCACACCACCGACAUUAUUCCUUUUAUUUCAAUCCAACCUAUUCAGGUUAUGGACAGAGGAAGAGGCAUAACAAAGGAUUCCGAACCUCAUGGAAAUGAUAUAUCUGCGUCAGAGGAUGAAAUGGACAACAGAGAUGCUGAUCCAGAUUUCAAUCUCUCAGGAUCUGACAUUGGUUCAGGAAGUGAGGAGGAAGGCAACCAAAGUCACACCUCUGACAUUAUUCCUAUUACUCCAACCAAACCUAUUCAUGGUAUGGAAUUGACAACAAAAGAUCCUUCAACUGAAAAUGAAUCUGUGGAUAACUUAACAAAUGUCUCAGAGAAUCCAGAAAAUGACCCAGGCAAUAAAGUGACCAUGAACAUUGAUGACAGUGAUAGUGAGGAGGAGGAAAAUAGUGUUCCACAAGAGAAUGCAGGUGAGGAAACUGAAAAAGAUGGAGAUUCUUUUCGAGAUGAAGUUGAAAUGGACCUCGAAUCUCGCAUAGAUGGCCAACAGAAGAAAAUUGAGACAUCAAGAAAGAAAAGUAACGAAAAGGUCAAGUGGACUGAAGAGGAAAUAAUGGCCAUCAAAAGACAGAUGGGGAAAAAUUACCGCCUCAGGAAUCUAAUUUGCCUGAAAAACCACCAGGAUGACCCAAUAGCCAAAGCAAAUGUUGUAUCAUUUCCUUGUACUGAUGCUUAUAUCAAAGACCAACCCGAUUUAGAUGUGAAGGAAUGGGUGUCGGUGAUGAUCGAAAGUAAGGGGAGGAAUUCAAAAAUCGACUUUAUUCCUUUAAGGAAUUCAACAAAAGAAUGGAAAGAUGUGGGGAGAAACAGUUUCUUAUCUUGGCCAAUCCACAUGACAGAUUCACUUGCUGUCUACGAAGAGUUUACCAAAACAAUGGCCAAAGAAAAAAAGAAGCAGAGAGGUGUCAUAAGGCCUUUUCAACCGCAGCCACCUAUGCCUGAGGCAGUUGAACCCCAGCCACCUAUGCCCGAGGCAGUUGAACCCCAGCCACCUAUGCCCGAGGCAGUUGAACCCCAGCCACCUAUGCCCGAGGCAGUUGAACCCCAGCCACCUAUGCCCGAGGCAGUUGAACCCCAGCCACCUAUGCCCGAGGCAGUUGAACCCCAGCCACCUAUGCCCGAGGCAGUUGAACCCCAGCCACCUAUGCCCGAGGCAGUUGAACCCCAGCCACCUAUGCCCGAGGCAGUUAAACCCCAGCCACCUAUGCCCGAGACAGUUGAACCCCAGCCACAUAUGCCCAAGGCAGUUGAACCUCAGCCACCUAUGCCCGAGGCAGUUGAACCUCAGCCACCCAUUAACGAAGAAGUUCAACCAUCAGAGGUCAAUGAUGAUCAACAGGACGAGGAAGAACACACAGCAUGCCCAAAACCACAAUUGGAUGACUAUGUAGAAGUGGCAUUUCCAGUGAGUGGAAAAAAGAAACAAACACAGCUGUUUUUUGGACAGAUUGUAAACUUGGAUCCGCUGACUGUAAAAUUCUUGCGGAAAACUGAUAAAACAGGAUUUUUCGUAUGGCCGAGAAGAGAAGAUGUGUCCGAAGUUGAGGAGAAGGAGAUUAUGAGGGUUUUGCCACUUCCUACAUUAGAAGGGAGGGGGAAGGAACUACUAGUUUUUAAAUGUUAAAGUAUCAACAUCAAUUGAUUAAUUAAUAAGGCCAAACAAAAUAUAGUGUUUCUGGUAACCCUAUUGCUACCUACCCUUAUUUGUUGUGCCUACCCUAAACUUUUCAAGUCAAUUUUC